AUGAGUUCGGACACAGAAUCUCCAAUAAUUCGAAGAAGAGAAUCCAGACGAGAUUCCACUCUUUCUCAAAUAACUGGAGCAAUUGGAGCCAACCAAAACCUAUAGGUUCUUAAUGAUCGCAAGGUCCUCCUGCUCUAUGCUUCAGGAGCAACAGCAGCUGAAGGAGAACUUAAUGAAUCUCACAUGACUGUUGUCAAAGGAAGACUAGAAUAAAGAAUGAGACACAUAUCCUUUCUUUGUGAUCUGGAAUACACACAAGUACUUGUUUAAAUCAUAAAUAGUAUCACAACUAAGAUGGUUGCUUGACAACACCCGUUUCUGAAUAUGGAAGAAGGACUGUUUAUAAGGUGAUGGAGCUUGAUUAAAUUACAAACUCAAGAUAAACUGUAAGUUUAAGUCAUCUAACUUUAGUCCUAUGCAGAUAUCAGACACAUUGCUGAAAUAAUAAAGGAAAACUAUGAGAAAUAUAGUGCAUUUGUAAUUCUAAGCGGAAUUGCAACAAUAACUUAUCUGGGUACCAAUCUGUCUUUUAUGCUUGAAAACCUAUAAAAAACAGUUGUUAUCACAGGUUCUUUGAUUCCCUUGUCCUUUAUGCGUAAUGAUGCCUUCCAAAAUAUCCUUGACUCAUUGAUCUUGGCUGGACACUUUCUCAUCCCAGAGGUGCUUAUCGUUAUGGAUCACAAAGCUUACAGAGCCAACAGGUGUCGAUAAUUGAAAUGUGAUUCCCUUGAUUGUGUUGAAAGUCCUAAUUUUCCCAAUCUGGUUGAAUUUGGAAUCAAUAUAGACAUCAAAUGGCAUCUAGUCUUACGAAGAGGAGAACAAAUGUUUAGUAGUGAAGAAAGCACACUUGAGUUAUCCCCUCAAUUCAUAACAGAUGUCAUUAUUUUAAAGAUAACUCCAUUCACAAGUGUUGAACACAUCAAACACAUAUUCAGUACACCGAACUUAAGAUGCUGUAUUUUGGAAUGCUAUCAUUUUGGUGAAAUGCCUCAUAACUAAGAUUUCUAUAAUGCCUUAUUGCAUGCUCAAUCACAAAAGGGAAUCAUCUUAAUUUAAAUAUCCCAAUGUAUCAAAGGAUAACCAAUCAAGAGUUUUAAAAAGAUAAUGAAUGGCAUCAUCGUCUAAUAUGAUAUCACUCCUGAAAGUGCCUUAGCAAAGAUUGGAUAUCUACUUGGAAAAGGAUAUACGACUUAGGAAAUUAUUGAGAAGUUCCCUUAAAAUUUAUAGGGUGAAACCGAAUCAGUGAGACAAUUUGAAAAAUUUGAGGGUCAGAAAUAACAUUUCAUUUAAACAAUCUUAGAAACCCUGUAAAAGACUUCAGGGGAUGAAUAGAUCAGCCAAAACAUGGAUAUUAUGAAUAAAUAUAUAAUACCAAAUUUAGGUUGUUUUUUGGCUACUACAGGAUAAUUGGAUUUAAUCAAAGAUCUUAGAAAAAACGAAGGAAAUCUUAACAUUCCAGAUUUUGAUGGCAGAACUAUUCUUCAUCUAGCUGCUGCCUCAAAAUAAAUAGAAAUUAUUAAGUAUUUAAUUGAAGAAGUUCAUGUUAAUAUCAAUCCUAUCGAUUACCUUGGGUACUCCCCUAUGUAUGACAUCCUCAUAUCAAGGGAUAAAGAAAUGAUUCUCUUCUUUUAACAAAAUGGAGGAGUAAUCGAAGCACCUCAUCAGGUAAUGGUAGAUCUUAUACUAACUGCUGGACUCAAAGGAGAUUUAUAAAUACUAGAACUCAUAUUUCACGGAGGAAUUAAGAAUCUUAAUGAAUUCGUGAAUGUGGAUAGCAGAAACAUAGGCCACAUGGCUGUUAUGGCAAUUAACUCAAAAAUUAUCCGAUUUUUGAGAUUUACUGCCAAAUUUAAUUUUAGCGAAAGAGAUCGAUGGGGUAACACACCUUAUGAGAAUGCUAUUGAAAUUAAGAGUAAAAAAGUGAAAGUUCAAAAUCUCAAUGAUGUAGCAAUUGAAGAAAUCAUCGAAAUGCUACAAACUAUUGGGAAUGAUUGA